AUUAUUUCUUUUCGUUCUCGCGUGUCUUCUUGCAGUUUGCUUGCUUCCUUUCUCAUCGUCUUUCUUUGCCUGAAACCAGCAACUAUGGCAUGGAGGCUCCCGACGCAAAUAGCAACGCCUGGCAAGCUCCACCAUAAUUACCGCCACCACCACCAAAUCGCUGUCUCCCCCAACAACGCCUCACUGUCAUGGCGCCGCAAUUUAUCACAGCAGCCUCUCAUCUCUCUCUCCGCUUCAUUUCCUUCUACAGGGAAAUGUAAUUUGCGGCCAACGGUGACGUGCAAUGCGAGUGCGGCGGAGGUGGCGGGUGCUGUGAAUUUGGCACCGGGAACUCCAGUACGGCCGACGAGUAUACUUGUGGUAGGUGCCACUGGAACUCUUGGUAGGCAAAUUGUGCGGCGGGCACUGGACGAAGGCUACGAAGUACGCUGCCUUGUUAGGCCUCGUCCUGCCCCAGCUGACUUCCUUCGCGAUUGGGGUGCUACUGUUGUCAAUGCAGACCUUAGCAAACCCGAGAGUAUACCAGCAACACUGGUGGGCAUUCAUACAGUUAUUGAUUGUGCCACAGGGCGUCCUGAAGAACCCAUAAAAACGGUAGAUUGGGAAGGAAAAGUUGCUCUGAUACAAUGCGCUAAAGCAAUGGGAAUCCAGAAAUAUGUGCUCUAUUCUAUCCAUAACUGUGACAAGCAUCCUGAGGUUCCACUAAUGGAGAUCAAAUAUUGUACCGAAAAGUUCCUUCAGGACUCUGGCCUUACCCACAUCGUAAUCCGCUUAUGUGGUUUCAUGCAAGGCCUUAUUGGGCAAUAUGCAGUACCUAUUCUAGAAGAGAAAUCUGUUUGGGGAACAGAUGCCCUCACAAGAAUUGCUUACAUGGAUACCCAGGAUAUAGCUCGAUUGACAUUUAUUGCAUUAAGGAAUGAGAACAUUAAUGGGAAGCUUCUCACUUUUUCUGGUCCUAGAGCUUGGACAACCCAAGAGGUCAUUACAUUGUGCGAAAGACUGGCAGGGCAGGAUGCAAACGUCACAACUGUUCCAGUUUCAAUUUUAAGAUUCACCCGUCAACUGACACAGUUUUUCGAGUGGACAAAUGAUGUGGCUGAUAGACUGGCAUUUUCAGAGGUUUUAACAAGUGAUAUUGUGUUCUCUGCUCCUAUGACCGAAACAUAUAAACUCCUUGGCGUGGACACAAAAGAUAUAGUAACACUGGAGAAAUAUUUGCAGGAUUACUUCACUAAUAUACUGAAGAAAUUGAAAGAUCUCAAAGCUCAAUCAAAGCAAACAGACUUUUACAUCUAAAACAAUCCAUCAUGUAAUUGUAAAAGAAACAUACUACUUAUGGCAUCACAAUUUUCUCACUUAAAA